AUGCAAGGAUCGCUGCUUCCGGGUGGACGGCCCGGUCUCAGCCACCCAGGAAAUAGAAGCGAGACUGCCUGCGUGCGGACCAUGGCGCAUACGCCCACCCCUCGGGACUCCGCAGCUCUGGUGGGGUUGGUGUCUCGCUCGCUGACCCGGCCACCCUGGGGACAGCUGCUUUCCCCAGCCAGCCUUGAGCUCUGGCCCCGGUCAGCCCUCCAGGCUGUUCUGACUCUCUCUGAAGAGGAUUUUUUCCAAACCCCAAAGCGCGGCAGUUUUAUGGGCCAGCUGCACUGCGUUCCCCUUUCAGAGGCAAUCGAGGCUGUUAAAUCACCGGAAAAGCCCGUCCAAGUUGCUCUGCGGGGACUCAGUCCAGCAACCGGCUGCUUUCCUCACUCUCCUCCAGCACGGGGUCUCAGAGGAGCCGUUAGAAACCCAGCAAAGGAGACCUGGGUCACCCCGGCUGCCUUCCAGGGCCUGAUACUCGCGCGCCUCUGA